UCGGUGGAGAAGAAAAAAGCAAACCUUUACUGAGCAGAUACAAACAAAAACUCUCUCUCUUUCUCCGGCGACAUUUUUCCGGUAUGUAAAAAUCCGGCGGUUUCACCGAUUUCUUCCACCGUGGCGUGUCUCGUAUUUAGAGCAUCAUGCUUCUGUUUACAUCUAAAACCGCUACUUUAAUUUGAGUGAUUCAUUUUCGCAUUCGCAUUCGCAUUCGCAUUGUUGGAGCUUGGCGUUGGAAGAGCUGUAGUUUGAGGCGUUGACGUUUAUCGGAGUCUCUCCGCUGCUUCAUUUACGGUUUUGUACUCGUCGGAUCUCGAUUCCCGGAGAUUGAAAGCUGCAGAUUCCUGGAGUCCUUUCCUUGCUGGACAUCUACCUUUUUCUGGGUAUUGAGAUGAAUGGUAUUUCAAGCAAUGGCAAGACUAGAAACUUUGAAAAGACACAUCCAGGAUGCUUAGGAAGAAUGGUGAACCUGUUCGAGUUGAACAUUGGUGUAUCUGCCGACAGACUUCUAACUGAUAAACCACAUGGAGAUGGUUCACCUGUCUCAAAAAGCAGAUCAGAUGUAUCAAGCAUGGGCCAUUCUCUUGAUCAAAUUGAAGAAAAAGUGAUAGUAUCUGAAUAUCUGGACACAAUUUCAAACAAAAACACAAAUACGACGCCUGUGAAGAUGCUCAGUGCGCAAGAGAUGUGUAAAGAAGUGGACUCCAGAAACAGACCACCUAAUUUAGUUGCAAAGUUGAUGGGGCUUGAUCCCAUUCCACAACACGAACUUGGCGCUGCAACGCAAAGAAGCCACUCUAAAGGUCAUCCUCGAUGUCAUUCAGAGAUACCUAUGAGUAACUGGGAACAACAGAAUGGACUUUUUCAUCAUGUAGAGAGAGAUGAAUUCAAAGAUGUUUAUGAAAUAUGGCAGCAAUCAAAGAAAUCAACACGGAAGGGAAGGCAUGAUGAAACUACAAAGGACACAAAGCUGGCUUUUGUUCGUCAGAAAUUUGUUGAAGCAAAACGCCUUUCCAUGGAUGAAAAUCUUCGCCAGUCUAAGCAAUUCCAAGAUGCGUUAGAAGUUUUGAAUUCCAAUAAAGAUUUAUUUCUUAAGUGUUUGCAGGAACCAAAUUUUGCAAUUUCACAGCAACUGUACGAUCUGCAUUCAAUUCCUCCACCUGACACAAAGCGUAUCACUGUUCUUAGACCUUCAAAGAUGGCUGGGAAUCAUGAUGUUGCUGCUGGGAACAGAGAAGAUAAACAAAUGGAUAAGUGUGCCUUUGUUCAUCUGAAUGGUUUGGAAAAAGGUCAUCUGGGGAAUUCCCCUUCUGCAAGUUGGAAGAAUUAUGAAACUCUUACUCAACCGACUCGAAUAGUUGUUCUAAAACCAAGUCUCGGAAAAUUACUUGAUGAUAAGGCUGUGGGCUCUCCACAAUCCCAGUCAGCAAGGGUGCAUGGUGAAGAGUUUUUUGGCGAAGAAGAAGACAAUGAUAAUCAGGAAUCCAGAGAAAUUGCAAAAUCAGUUACUCAGCAAAUGCGUGAAAAACUUGGUAGGCACCACCGAGAUGAAACCUUGUUUUCGUCAGGUUUUUCUAAUGGCUAUGUCGCUGAUGAAAGUUCAUUUAAUAGAUCAGAAAUCGAGUAUCCAGCUGGUAAUAUUAGUGAUUCAGAAGCUGCGUCACCUUUGUCUAGGCACUCCUGGGAUUAUGUCAAUAGGCUUGGUAGUCCAUUCUCGUCCUCCUCUUUUAGUAGAGCAUCUUAUUCUCCAGAAUCAUCAGUUUGCAGAGAAGCAAAGAAACGUCUUUCUGAAAGGUGGGUCAUGAUGGCAUCUAGUGGGAGCUGUCAAGAACAAAGACAUGUACGGAGAAGCUCGAGUACAUUGGGUGAAAUGCUUGCUCUGUCUGAGACAAAGAAGGUUGCUUUACCUGGGGAAGGAGGCAGUUCCAAUCAAGAAUCAAAGGGUGUAAAUUAUCACUUAUUCAGUGAACAGAGGACAAACAGAAAUGUGGAUAGUUCAACAAUAAAUCUCAGCAGGUCAAAGUCUCUGCCUGUAUCAUGUAAUAAGUUAGGAACUGGGCUACAUGCCUUAGUUUCAGCUUCUGAGAAGGAUAAACUGGAAAUUUCGAAGGACAGGAAAGUAAGAAGUUCCAAAUCAUCGUUGAAAGGGAAAGUUUCAAAUUUUUUCUCCUCAAGGAACAAAAAGAGUAGUAAAGAAAAUUUCCUUGUAUCUGACACCAAACAUGAAUGCCCCUCUUGUCCUGCAGACAUUAUCAGCGGUAAAACUGAAAGUCUUGUUAGCAAAGGGCAUGACUCUGAGCCAGCUGAUCUGCUGGGGUCAUCAAUUAAGGCAUCUUCUUCAAACCCUAUCUUCAAGAAGGGCCUGAUAUCUCCGGAGGCAGAGUUGUCUGUAUCAGAACCAAUUGUAUUUGCAAAUUUUACUGAAAAUCAGGACCAGCCUAGUCCAGUAUCCGUCUUAGAUCCACUCUUUGAGGAUUGUGAUAACACGAAGAAAGUGUUCUCCCAUUAUGGCAAGCCCGAUCAACAUGGAUAUGAGUUGCCACACAAUGCAAUUAGUUCAAACUUAAUUGACAAAUCACCACCUAUUGGUUCUAUUGCUCGUACCCUAUCAUGGGACGACUCGUGCAUGGACACAGCUUUAUCAUACCCCAUCAAGGAAUCCUCAAUUGCCCAAGGAACUGAGGAAGGAGAGCGAGAAUGGGUUCUUCUAGUUGAGACAUUACUCUCUGUAGCUGGGUUGCAGGGUGAGGUGCAAUCAGAAUCAUUUCUGGCAAGAUGGCACUCGCUGGAAAGCCCUCUGAAUCCAUCGUUAAGAGACAAGUACGUUGAUCUAAACGAGAAGGACACACUGCACGAGGCCAAGCGGAGGCAAAAGAGAUCAAUGCAAAAGCUUGUGUUUGAUUGCGUAAAUGCAGUGUUAGUGGACGUAGCAGGAUACGGGUCUGGUCCCACCCAACGAGCCAUUCCAAGCAUUAAGUCCAACACUAACAUGUUGGAUGAGGUGUGGGUUCGGAUGAGUGCUUGGUUUAGUAGUGAUGUCGAAUGUGAUGACGAGGACAACAACAGCCUGGUGGUUGAUAGGGUCAUGAGGAAGGAGGUGGUGGACAGUGGGUGGGUAGAUCAUUUGAGAUUGGAGAUGGAUAAUUUGGGUAAGGAAAUUGAAGUGGAAUUGCUGGAAGAGAUUGUGCAGGAGGCAGUGGUUGAAUUGACAGGUAGAGAGUGACGAUGCGUUUUUAUUCUUUUAGCAAUGUAUUUAUACUCACUUAUUAUUUUUUUUUGUUGUGUUUCAAACGAGAAUGGUCCCCCCACCCCAUCUCCAAUUGUUCAGUUAAGUGAUGCAACUUGUCCCCUAUAUCUA